UUUUUUAUUUUUUAUUUAUUUAUUUAAUAUUUUUGAUAUAUAUACAUACACACACACAUUACACACAAAAUGUUUACACUUUCAAGACAUCAAUCUACUUCAUCAUCACGAUGCUCAUCAGCAAGGUCUACUCGGUCGAUCUGGUCUAAAAUCAGUAACCUAUUUCAUCACCCACGUAGUCGAUCUAGUUCUUGCGAGAUUCAAAGUAACUCAGAGCAUGGAGGCAGCCGUUCGACUUUAUCGGAUGUAUCUGUAAAGACAGUGGAGACACAAGAACACGACAUGGAACAGAGACGUCAUCGUAAGCAACUGAUCGAUAGUGAUUGCAGCACACCUCCCAUGAUGAUUCCUCCUUUCAGUCCCACUUACUGCAAGAAUAACGAGUUUCCUUACUCCAACUUUUAUAGUAAAUUACCAGAUGGUCGAUGGAUGAUCCGAUACAGAGAUGGUAACCGUGAUAUUCUUCGUACUGAUAUCAUGGAAGGUUACCUCAUCUAAUCUCAAGCCUAUUCCGCGUUCUCUCUCUCUUUUUUUUUUGCAACUUACAAAAAAAAAAAAAAACUUAUACAUACACACACACACACACACAUACACAAGCAUUUUUCUCUUUUCUUUAUAACAACUCCGUGUCUUCCCUACCCCCUUUUUAAUACCAUUUGUUUAUUAUUAAACAACAUACCAUGCUCUCUCUUUUUUUUUUGUGCAAAAUAAACUUUUUUUUCUUACCACUAAACAAAA